AUGUCGGGUCCAUCGGGUCCAUUAGCGCUGAAAACAAGGAAGUCCCUCCUCACGCGAUACUGCAACAACCUGGAAUUGAGAAAUUCUGGAGAAGGUCUUAAAGAACGCUGGCUGCAGACAAAGCUGCUUGAAACCAUCAGAGAAAAAACGUAUGCCGAGUUCGCGCUACUACGCUUAGAGUUCCGCACGCUUUUUGCCGCUGUACCAUUGGUGAUCGCCAUGAAAAUGAUAUCUGAGGAUGACUGGAACGCCCUCAUCAACAAACCGCAACGCGAUGACAGAGGGAAUGCGCUCGUACUGGAUCAAGACCAGCUAGAGCGAGUCAUGGCGGACCAGUUCGACAUACUUGAAGAGUACCGACUGAUGCUGGCAGAACUGAGACAGCAGACCAGGGACGAAGAAAGUCACCAGGCAGAAAACUUUCAAAAAAGCGUGCUAUCAGCUCUGAAGGAUGUCAGAGAAUCAGUAGAAACCGGAUUCCGAACCUUCACUUCGAGCAAUGACCGGACUCAUCUCGAGGAGCUUAGAAACAUAGUCCAAAAGGAGACAGGCAAGCUUCAAGAAGUCAUCUGCUCGUUCGUCGACUUUAAACCACCAGCUACAGAUGAACAUCCUGGAGAGAAUUCCGAAGAUGCUAGCGGUGGUGAGGGGGAGGGCACUGAGGUGCUCGAACAGGAGGCGGACUUUCCGGAUCAAAUGGAAGCUGAAAUAAUCCACCAGAAUGUGGAAUUUAUGGAAAAGGUGGAAACGGACGACGAAGAAGAGCACGAAGCCUUGAUGUGGCAGCGCAGACGCCAAAUAGACAGAGAUAUUUUCGACGCAUACGCAGAGAUCCAGGAGCUUGACGAGCUCAUAGCAGAACUUGACAAGGAACCCAAAUGUGAGCCUAGAAACUUCGAGCGAGGGAUCAUAAGGCGUUGGGAAGAGAUGACGAUUCGCUGUGUUUUUUGCGAAAGGAUUGGAAAACAUUACAGUGAUUCCUGCGAUAUUUACAAAGAAAGUUCGGUGCGCAAAGCGAUACUUGAAAGAGACCAUAGAUGCGCCUGCUGUCUUGAAAUCAAGUUUACCCAGCACGACUGUCGGAAGAUCAACGUGGGAUGUUUCCACUGUAGGAGGCAUGGGCAUCACAGCGCUGUCUGCGAUCUACCAGAGAGGACCGCAGAAAUCAACAGAAGCAUAACUGAAGCCCUGUCUACGAAGAGAGAAGCCGAGAGAAGGAUCGAGGAGCUGAAGGAACGAUUGGAACAGCUUUACAGGCCAGCCCAUCCAGCGUGA